CAUGAUGGAAAAAAUCCCAGUAGAAGAAGACAAGGAAGAAAUCUUCCCAGAAAAUUUUGAAAUCAUCGAAGAACGUGGAGAGAUUCAGAAUACAGAUAAUUUGGAAUACAAUUCUGAUAAAUUGUUUACCAUCUUGGAGAAAGGAGAAGGCAUAAAGGUUUGUAAAGCUAUACAGCUCAAGAACUAUCCUUAUAUCGGAAUCUACAGCUUCAAUUAUGAAUGGAUGCCAACCUUAAGUUUCUUCAACUCAUCAGGAAUUGAAGACUGGAAUGGAAUUAUUCCUCAAAAGGCAGGGCAUGCACUUAGAAAGCUGAGAGAAGAUCAUAAAUUUAGGAUAGAAAGGAUGAAUUAUGUUUGAGUUAAUUAUAGCUCAACAAUGUUCAGAGAAAGAUUUGUCAAUAAUUAUAGCCAGAAAUAUGCCAGAUUUAAUUUAGUAUUUCAUCCCUAUUUCAUGGAUUACUUAAAGCCAGGGGUUCAUGAAGAUAAAUAAGUAUAUUAUGGCUUCAAUCUAUACCAAUGACGAAAUGGUAUAUGGGUUAAAAUAAGAGUAACUUCUUCCCUAUUCAGAUUAACUCUGAAGAUCUCUAUGCAGCUGAAAACUGGGUUGAACUACAUGUUCAUAGAGCAGCAGAUGACGACCCUAAUGCAAUUGCAGUUUCUCCAAAUAAUGCAGGUGUUCUGAUAGAUCUUUCCUGUCCCCUAAUCCCAUUUUAUUCAAUGGCUAUUGAGUUAGAUGAAGAAAGAAAGAGCAUGAAUGUGCUUAUAACAUAUCACUGAAUCAUAGAUGAAACCUGCUUACCCAACAAAUGUCUAAUUGAGACACUCGACUUCUAUAAAUUCUGAGAGAAAGUUGACAAAGACAAACUGAUGAAGCCAAGAAAACCAACUUUAGGCAUAAUUCCUAAAGGAAAUCAGCAGAAAUAUGAGAAAGUGAGAAACCAGCUACUAUCAUCUUUUGCUUGAACUAAUUUGACUACCUCUGAAGAAAUUCAGCACUAUAUCAUCAAGAAGGCUAAAAUUGCUGCAAAGUUAAUGAAAACAAUGAUGUGACAGGACUUUGAUGAUAUUAAAGACUACAUCCAGUUCUGGGUCUGGGAUGUCUUCACCAAUGAUGUCAAAACUGAAGAGCCAGAUUACAAUGACUUCAUCAAAGAAAGAGAGAACAAAGGAGAGUUCAAGGCAAAAUUCCUAAUCAUUGACGAAUUUAUUGAAGACUUCUACAAAUUUAUAUGGAGUAGAUUUGGAGCUCCAGUAAUCCCUAACUACGGUGAAAGAUACAUUAAAGAAUGAGGGUCAGUCGACUAUAUGAUACAUCUAUUCCUUGGAUUUGCUAAAUUCAUUGGAAAUCUGUACUACAAAUUAGGAACUACUCAGCUGAUAAUGGCUCAGGAUUACAUGAAUAGUGCAGCAGAUUCUCAAUGCCAACUGGAUAUUAUCGAAAAUAAGAACUUGCUUGAAAUCACGACUGAGGUAGAUACACAAGCAUCAGAAAAGCCCGAAAAUCCUUAUGAAAAGACGAUUACAGAGCACCUAAACUCUUUACUUUCAAAUCCUGAAGACAUACAAGAAUGGGGUCAAACUCUCAUGCAAAUGCCUGAAGUAUUGCAGGAUCUUCUCUUCAGCAGAAUUUGGAUCCUCCAUUCAAAAAUAGACGGAAUUCAUCCUGACUUUGGGAGAGUUUCUUAUAUAAAUUCCCCUGAAAUUAGCGAAUACUAUUGGACAAACCAAGAACAGAGAGCUUUUGAGAUCAUGGGAUUGUCCUCAAUAAUCACAUCAGGUGAUAGUGACAUGUAGCUUGAAUUUAUCCAUCUUAGCAGGCAUCAAAAUUAGAAUAAUUGC